AUGGCAGAUGGUUUGAAGAGAUUCCUCUGCAAAAAGUUACCAAAUGUUGAAGGUCUUCAUGCUGUUGACAGGGGUGGAAUGCCUGUUAUCAAAGUGGCAAAUGAUAAUGCUCCUGAGCAUGCGUUGAGACCAGGUUUCCUGUCUGCUUUUGAGCUUGUAACAGACCAGGGCAGCAAACUUGGACUUUCAAAAGACAAAAGGAUCAUUUGCAACACAUACCAAGUAGUUCAAUUCAAUCAGUUACCAUUGGUGGUACAGUUCAUAGCAAGCAGCAGUGCAAAUACUAGACUGAUUGUCAGCCUAGAAAAGGCACUUGCCCUAUUAUUUGAAGAGGUGAGACAGGUCGUGGAAGGUUCUUAA